AUAUUGUGUAAAAAUCAUCGGAUCUUAUGUGUAUACUGACAUAACUUGGAAAUGUGUUAGAUAAUAUUAUCGCGAGAUAUAGCGUGACCUAACCGAUAUGUUGGGAAAAUAGCGUCUAGAAAGAUGUCCACGUUCUACAGGGUUUCCUGCGAUUGUUUAAAAAUCAUCACGACGAUGUUGCUUGUGUUUCUUGGGAAUUGUAAAUAAUAGACGAGUGAAACGGUGCAACAUGCCCGGAGGUAGACGAAACGCCGCCAAUCGUACUGGAACGACUGGUAAAUCCGGCAGUACUUACACAAGUUCUACUAAUGCCAGUGGAAGAAGUAACAGCGGUGAGAGGACGGUCGGGAAUAGCACGGACGAUAAAAAAUCUGACGAGAUUCACAAUGGAAAAACUCUGGCACCAAAGCAUAUUCCUAUACCUGUGGUGCCAGUCGAUGGACAGUUAACCUUCGAGAUCAUGUCUUUGGCUAUUUCGAUCAUGACGACUUGCAUGCAAUUGCUGAAUAUAUACAAGACUGUUUGGUGGUUGCCACAUUCAUAUAAUUGUUAUGCUAUGAAUUUUUAUUUAAUAGAUCCCUAUGUGCUUAUAUUUAUUUUUACAAUCAUGGCGUGUAAAGUAAUUCAUAUAUUAUUAAGUCGGUCUGUUGAUGCUUUAUCACCGGUUCGAUGGUUACCUACAACCCAAAAGGUUAUGAGAAUGUUUCUCUCAAUUACUGUGAUGAGUAUAAUUUCCUGGUGUCUGUAUCAUUUGGGUGAAAAACAUGAUCUUUUGAAAAUGUUCUAUCUAUGUUAUCCAAGUUUGUCAAUAUAUUUUAGUAUGUUUGGAGUAAAUCUAACACCAUUCUAUGAUAUCUCUGCAUCAUCCCUUUGUGGAAAGGAGGAAAGGAAAAUGAAGUAUUUAUUAGAUAAGCCUCUGCAUAACUGCUCGUUGAAUGCACCAGCCAUCAGAGCAGAAGUCUCCACUCUAAAAUUAGGUUUUAAUCGACGAAUAAAACACGCUUUAUUCGCGUCCUCUGGUACCGCGUUCAUAUGCGGUGUUGUUCCCAUGAUUUUCGCGCCGCCGCAUUUAUAUUUCAACCGUCAGUGGGUGAUACAGCAAGCGGUUUUCUUCUGGUUCGAAAGAAUGAGUGCGUACUUCGUUCACACUUGUCCCAUGAGAUACUACGACGUGCUGCACAGAGCGGCGUUGCAUUUAGGACGAUGGGAUAAGAUAGCCAAUGAAAAUCGCAAUAAUGUUUACAUUCAGCCAUGGAGCGACGCGGUGUUAUGGCCCCGUGGGUCGAUCGUACGGUAUAACAGAGCAAUCUACCGUUCCGUAGGUUUAUGUACAGCGGCAGAACCGGGCAAUAUGGAGCAUUCUAGAUUUAAUGUUUUUUUCUACAAUCCGAUAAUACUGCUGUGUUUAGUAUUAGUAACGCAUUUAAUAUUGGUGGGCAUUGAAUUGUUUAUUAUAUUAGGCGCAAUCGAAUGGUAUCAGUUACUAUCGUUGGGGUUACUGCUUUUCAUGAAUUAUUACACUUUGUUCAAAAUCGCCAGAGAUUACUUAAUAUGUUGGAAACUUUACUGCGUCGAACAAAUGAUACAAGAAAAGUCUCAAAUGGUUGUAAAUAUAGCUACUCAAUAAAAUACAAGUGAUAUUUCUGUAA